GAGCUGAGGAUGCUGCCAACAGCAGCAGAGGUGCAUCUCCAGCCCAAAGCCAUGUCCUGCUACACCCGGUGCCAGCCCUGCCAGCCCUGUGGCCCCACCCCGCUGGGCAGCAGCUGCAAUGAGCCCUGUGUCAGGCAGUGCCAGGACUCCACUGUCAUCAUCGAGCCCUCGCCCGUGGUGGUGACCCUGCCUGGCCCCAUCCUCAGCUCCUUCCCACAGAACACCGCCGUGGGAUCCUCCACCUCUGCUGCUGUUGGCAGCAUCCUCAGCUCUCAGGGAGUGCCCAUCAGCUCUGGGGGCUUUGGCCUCUCUGGCCUGGGCAGUGGCCUCUGUGGCACCAGGAGCCUCCCCUGCUGAAGCUGCUGGCGCUGCCCUGGGAAGGAAUCCAGGGACUGCCAGGAUGGAACCGCCCUGGGCACGCAGCAUCGGCUUGGUGCUUCCUGAGGGGCUGAGCAACCCCAGCAGCCCUUGCAGAGGGACAGGGCCAGCCU